AUGAUGGCCGCUCAUGAGGGCGAAAAGUUUGUUCCGUGCCAAGUCAAUUCUUGUUCAGACCUCAGUUUCUCAUGCCUUCGCCAUCUCCGACUCACCUGUCGCGGCCUUGCCGUAUAUAUCGCACCGCUCUUGUACCGCAAAGCUGUUCGGGACCACGCUGUUCUCCUGCGACUGGUGCGGAACGACCAAAGCGAUAUCAUUCUGCGGGUUUUGAAAAGCCAGAUCAGGCCAGAUUGUGUUGCACCUCAACACUACCUAGAUAGCUGCCUCCACGACGCCCUUCUGGGAGGUCACCUCAAGGCUGCCGACGUCCUUUUCGGUAAUGGAGCUGAACCUGUCUUUAGUAUCGACGUUGCAAAUCGCUCAGAGCAUCGUGAGACCAGGGAUUGGCUUCAAGUCCAUGAUGCAACGGGACUCGGGUCUCUCGCACUUGCAGCGAGAAGCCGCUAUCACAUGACGUUCUGGUAUAAGGAUUUUGAGCCUUACACAUCCGAGGAAGAGUUCUGGAUCUAUAAGAAGAAGGCGAUGAAGACUAUCUUAGAGAAACUCAGAUCCCAUUUUGGUCGGGAUUCAGAUCAGUAUGGAUUGAAGAUAUCGGAGGCCCAUUAUUUGAGAGAUGAACACGAGGAUGGGAAGAAGGAACCGAUGCUUCGACAUCCGAAAUACGCCAGAGAGCUUGACAUGGCCCUCGCCGAGGCUGCAACUGCAGACGGGCACUCUAUCGAACUGAUGGACUUCCUAUUCGGGUGUGGAGCAACUGUCACCUGCGAACUCACACCGCAACUUGCUGGGCAUGCCUGGCACAAUGCCCUGAACGAGGAAAUUCCGGCUCUUUUCGAGGCCAAAGUGGAUCUGCUCCUGCGUCAUGGCGUCGACCCGACGAGUGUUUGGACCUGGGAGGGUAUGCGGACACCGAUACAGUUUUUCCUCCGCAAGUUAUACCGAAAUUUUCAAUAA